GUCCGCCGUUCAGUUCACACGUCGCGAACAGAAGCAAUCCCGCUCCAAAGUACCCAAGUUCGAGUGACUGGCUCAUCCCGAGUUUUAUCGGGAAAACAUUAACCCGUUGUUCUGGCACUACUGGAUAGUAAUGCCAGCGAAUGCCAACACGUCUGGCCAAUUUCGGGUAAUUGGAACGUGAUUUAUGUGGGGCAACGGAGUGCGGUUCCGAUUCCCAGUGCCCUAGCUGCUCGGUCCAGUCACCAGCGGAAUCCACUCAAUGCCGGGUUGAUAAGCGCCGCGAGCGUGAUAAGAGCGCCAAAAAGGCGCCAAGUCGUAAAUUAAGCGAGCUUCUGCUUCUGUUUCUGCCUCUGCCUCUGCCUCUGCUAAAACUAAAAUAGAAAUAGAAAUCGAAAUCAAAUCGGCACUGGCAUUGCCAUUCCGCGUAUCGCAAUAAUUAGUAUACGAUCAAAUCAAAUUAAUCAAAGCCAAUAUUAAAAGUAUAAACAGAGCGUCGAAGAAGUACGAUGUCUAAGCGUGCGAGCUUAACCCAUGACAGCCCGGCGCUGGAACUGGAGCUGCCGUUGCUGGCGCCGCAGGAGCGGAGUCAGCGGAGCAGGAGCGGAACAAUUCCUUUGUGCAUUAUGCACGACUCCGGCAAGCCGUCUCCCGCAACCAGCCCCACCAUCCCGCCCAAACAGCAGGCAGCGACGGCCCAGUCGCCGGCGGCGGCGGCGGCUGUCAGCGGACUGGUUCCGGCGGACGAUGAGGACGAGACCGACGUGAUCGGCGACCUGAUGGGCCACUACGGCAAGUGGCAGCUGCUGAUGACGGUGCUGCUGUCGCUCUUCCAGGUCCCGAAUACCUUCCACAUAUCAUCUUCCAUCUACCAGGCGGCCAACAAGGACUUCUGGUGCCAGCGACCGGCGCAAUUCCAGCAGAUGCCGGUGGCCAUUUGGCGCAACGUGAGCGGCUCCGUCGACAACUGCCAGCGAUGGGCGGGCAUCGACUGGAGUCAGGUGGGCAAUGAGACCACGCAGCCAUCGGAGUGGAAGAUAUCAAUGGAGGUGGACAGAAAGAUGGUGGCCUGCGAGAAGUGGGAGUACGAAACCAACGACAACGUCGGGAACACCUGGACAUCGGAGUGGGAUCUGGUGUGCGAGAAGGAGCACCUGAAGAACGUGGCCGAGAUGUUCUUCCUGCUGGGCGUGGCAACAGGUGGCAUUAUCUCCGGAUAUUUAUCGGACAAGUUCGGCCGCAAGACAAUGCUCUUCAUAUCGGCCGUGCUGCAGACCAUAUUCGGUCUCUGGCUCUAUAUUUGCAACUCCUUUGAGCUUUAUUUGACACUUCGCGCACUGCUGGGUUUGGUAUCCGUAUCGGUCACCUACUCGGGCCUUAUCCUGGCCAUCGAGUAUGUGGAUGGCAAGUGGAGGACUAUUGCCGGGAUGUACAACCUCUUUCCACUGCCAAUUUCCUAUAUGAUUAUCUCGGGUCUGGCCUAUCUCACUCAGGAUUACCAGCGCCUGCAGCUGUGCAUCGGAAUUCCAGGGAUCUUCUUGUGCUUCCUCUGGUUUGUGGUCCCGGAAUCGCCACGCUGGCUGCUGGUCAAGGGUCGAAUCGACGAGGUACGUCGCAUCAUCGAGGCGGCCGCCAAGUUCAAUGGUCGCCAGCUGCCCGCCGAUUAUCAGCUAACGCCGCCGACGCAGGAGAGCAGCUCACAGGACGUCACCUACUUGUUCCGCUCCAGCUACCUGCGUCGCAUCUCCAUCUGCUUCUUCUGCAUCUGGUUCACCAUGAAUCUGGUCUACUACGGCAUCAUUCUCAACAUGAGCUCCUUCGGCGGCAAUGUCUACUUGAAUUCGGCGCUAGCUGGCCUAGUCGAAAUACCCGCCAUCGCCGUGGCCAUGUACAUCAUCACCAAGGUGGGCAAGAAGUGGCUCUUCUGCGCCACUUUGAUCUGUGCCGGCGUCGCCUGCUGCUGUGCGGCGAUCACCGAGGGGCACGCGGACUUGCUCUGGCUGAAGAUCACAUUCCUGAUGAUGGGCAAGUUCACCAUUAGUGCGGGCAACACCAUAAUGCCGGUGUACACGGCGGAGCUUUAUCCCACGCCCAUACGCAAUGUGGGCGUGGGUGCCUGCAAUGUGGCCGCCGGUCUGGCCCUGAUCCUCACUCCCUAUCUGUCACUGCUGAACAAGAUCGAGGGCCACCUGUUGAUGACCCUACUGACCGCCUGGAGCAUCUUCGGCGGCUUUGUGGUGCUCUUCCUGCCCGAGACCGCUGUGCGUACGAAGGCCACCAACCAGGGAGGCGAAAAUGCCAAUGCCAAUGCCAAUGUCAAUGCCAGUGCCGCCAAACAGGUGUAAUGACCGCUGUGGCCAAUCCCAACCUGCUAAGCCACCCCAGGAACAAAGUAUUUUGGCUGGUCCAAAGUAUGCCGAUUUGAAGUCAGAUUAGCCAUCGCAGCUGCUGUCUCUCUUAACCCACUUAACCCCUGACCUGCCAAGCCCCCCGACAUAUCCACCGCCUGAAGCCACCUCAAAUGUAUGGCAUCGUUUCGAUGAAAUGUCCAAGAGCAAUGCCAAUUCGCUAGAGAAUGUCAUAUGUCAGGCAGGACCUUGUUUGCGUAGCACGUAGUGAGUAUGUAUCUUAACAAUUAACUAACAGCAAUGGCUUGUAGCUUAUGUCAUAGUCUAAGUACUGAAAACACACACAACACCCAAAAUGUCACCAGAAGCACUCGAAGUAGCUUAAGUUCUUCGGUUUCCAUCGAAGAUAAUAGGGAGGUUUUUAAUUGUAUACCUCUGUCUGCAUUGCUUAAAAUCACUUUUAUUUUACCCUGUUGCUUAAUUUUAAAUUUCGUUUUAUUUUUGUAUUGUAAUAUUUGGCACCUCCCUAGGAAAAUUUUACCUGAUACAAAUUUUUCAAAUUUCCCAGUUAAAAACGCUGACUAUAAAGAUAACUACUUCUGUAAUGCUACUAUAAUUGAAAACGAAUCAAUGUUCGCACAGACAAACACAAGUCAAUGCAAAACUCAAAUUAUAUUGUUGUCAAUAUGACUUGACAAUAUCUCAACGUAUGCAUAAUCUCGUCGUCGUCGUUUUCUUGUUGUCUAUUAAUAAAUGUUUUCCAAAUACGAGAUCAAUUAAAAAGGAUAAAAAUCUUCCAGAGAAAAGAAAGUGUCAGAUUCAGAUUCAAGCAACAAAUUCUAAUCUCUUGUAAUUGUAGUCAAUUAAUCCUUAGUCUAUCCGUACCCCUAAACUUAUAUACAACAGAUCACUCAGUAAGUAACGGUCAAUUAUGGAUUUGUAUAUAUAUGUGUUUGUUUAUAGGGACACAGAACAUACAAGGAGUUUUAUUGUUUGGAGUCAUCAAAGAUUAUAUGUAUAUGAAAUGAACAAAAUAAAUUUCCAAUAUAAUGCAUUUAACAAUGUAUACAAUUAUGUGUAUAUGGAUAUGUGUGCGUUUGUGUAUGUAUAUGUUGUGAAAAAAAAACAAUCAAAUUAGAAGAAACAAACCUGUUGAAUUACUUGUUGUACUUACCUACCAAGUUGUUAUUUGCUCAUUUGUAUUUUGUAUUAUUUUCCGUAUUUUUAUUUCGCUUAUUUUAAGUUUAUUUUUGUUGCCUAUUGUACUUACCCGCUAGGAUCCGAUCAGCUUCGUUAUGUAUUUGUCAUAAGUAGGAGAUUUGUUUAAGCUUCAAAUAGACGGAAUACCCGAAUCUAAAACAAAAUUAAAUUAAUCGUUAAGGUGGAGAAAGCUCACUUGCUCAACACUGUUAAGCGAAACACUUGAAACAACUUGUUGUAAAUCAAAAUUACCAAAGCAAACGCAAUUAUAGUGUCAAAAUAAAUCAUAUAAAUAAAUAAAUAAAUAAUUGAAA